AUGUCAGACCGCAAAGCUUGGAACAUGGAUGAGGCCACACGCAACAGACUCCUCAAAAAGUACAAAACCCAGGUGGCUUCGGGGGCGUCAACCAUUUGCGCGACGCUGGCGGUGACUCCUUUAGAGAACAUUAAGACUCGGAUGCAGACACACAAUUUCAAGAACAUAUGGCAGUGUGUUCGCUAUCUCUGGCGCACCGAAGGGCCUCGAGGAUAUGUAGCUGGCGCGCUUCCACCCUUGGCGAGUGUCACAGUAGUCCGUGUCGUCAACUUUACUGUGUAUAAUGCCUUCAAGGACAUAAUUGCCGAUAACGUCGAGCGCGUAACUGGUUCCAACCCUUUGGACCAUUAUAAAAAGCCUGGAAGCACCCCCACCCUGACGGGUAUUCUUACUUUCACCACUGCAGGCCUCGUUGCUGGCUUGGUGGCAUCACCUAUUGCUUGCCCGUUUGAGUUGGCGAAGAAUGUCGUCCAGACCUCUGUUCUAGUGUCGAACCGCGCGAUGGCUGCCCCGGAUGCGGCCCGAGACCAAUCCUUGCGCCACAAGCCCCGCUUGGGGACCAUCCAAGCCAUCAAGAAGAUCUACAUACGCCAUGGAUUCUGGGGUCUUUACACCGGUUUCCGCUUGCAUGCGUUGCGUGACACUGUGGGCUCAGGCCUGUACUUCAGUGUUUACGAGACUGUCAAGCAAGUAGCAGCCAAGGAGAUGGGUCAGGACACCAAUCCCUUCGGGGCACCUAUGAUUGCCGGUGCUAUUUGUAGCACUGUACCUUGGUUUUGCACUUAUCCCCUCGAUACGCGCAAAACUCGUGCGCAGAGUGUUCUGCUAGGAAAAUCCAGCGAAAUUGGUGAAGCCUCAAAAGCUGUCGCCAAAUCCAGCAUGUACAAGGGCCUAUCCAUCAUUCUUAUACGGACCGGCGUCAACAACAUGAUCCUGCUCAGCAUUUUCGAGUACAUUAGAAUGCGCAUCGAUAACCUGCCGAAGGAAACUAUCUAUUGA